AUGGCUACUUCAAAGAUCUUCUCACUAGAGGGGAAAGGAUUGAAACUUGACACCGCUGCAGAUGUCGAGGCGCAUAUUAAACCCCUCCGUGACAUGAGCGAUGUUGAGGAAGUUAGGCUUCUCGGUAAUACCCUUGGUGUUGAAGCAUGCAAGGUUAUCGGAGAAGUAUUAGAAACCAAAAAGAGCUUGCAGAUAGCCAAUCUGGCUGAUAUAUUUACUGGCCGUCUGCUCAACGAAAUUCCACAAGCCCUGUCUUCCCUUCUUACCGCGCUUCUUACGCUCCCGAAAUUGCAUACCAUAAACCUGAACGAUAAUGCUUUUGGUCUGAAUACCCAAGCACCGCUCGUUGCCUUCCUCUCCUCACACGUCCCUCUCCAACAUCUUAUUCUCAACAACAACGGUCUAGGACCGCACGCCGGUAUAUUGAUUGCAGACGCCCUAUCCGAACUCCAUGCGAAAAAGCAAGAGGCAAGAAAGGCGGGUGAAGAUGUCCCCGAUCUGGAAACUGUCAUUUGUGGACGAAACCGACUUGAGAAUGGUAGCAUGAAUGCGUGGGCGAAAGCUUAUAGCCUUCAUACUGGGGUGAAAGAAGUCAAGAUGGUUCAGAAUGGUAUUCGUCAAGAGGGCAUUUCACAUCUUUUGACCGACGGGUUGAAACACACCAAAGGCAUCAAAACUCUCGAUUUACAGGACAACACUUUUACCAUUCUGGGGGCAAAAGCUUUGGCAAGUGUUGUUUCUGGAUGGACAGACGUCGAAGAGCUUGGAAUUGGAGAUUCACUACUCGGCUCUAAGGGUGGAGUACUAUUUGCCAACGCGCUGGGAAAGGGCCACAACAAAAAGCUCCAGACGUUACGUCUACAAUUCAAUGAUAUUACCGCCAAGGGAUUGCAAGAAUUUUCGAAAGUCGCUAAGGAAUCGUUACCUGCGUUGAAGAAGAUUGAGUUGAAUGGUAACAAAUUCUCAGAAAAUGAUCAAGCUAUCAUGGAGCUGAAGGAGCUUUUGGAGGCCCGAAAGGAGAAACUUGCUGGCGAUAUCGUCAUCGAGGAUGAUUGGGGUGUGGACAGUCUCAGUGAUCUUGAAGAUGACAGCGACGAGGAAGAUGAAUCUGAGGAAGAGGAAGCCGAGGCUGAGGAUCUCCGCGAGAAACUCAUCCAUGACGCUGAGGAAGCACAAGAAGAAUCUACUGCCCAAGUUCAAGACAAGGAAGUUGAUGAUCUUGCAGAUGAGCUCAAAAAGAAAGCCGAGAUUUGA